GGUGGGAGCGCAGUAGGAGGCAGUCAUCUGACUGAUCCUUCUUCUCUCUAGAUUUGUCAGCGGUAGAAUGCUGAGGUGACUAGCAAUUGAAGAGGAAGGUUUUUUUUUCAUUUUUAAUCCUUUACUGUCGUAGAGCUGUUUGGUCUUUACUUCUCCACGUGGAAGACCGGUUUCCCCUCACACUAGACGCAUAUGGUUAAAUAUACAGGAAUUCUAAAUCCGAAAAGAAACAUCACUAUUUCUUAGUGAGUGGAAUUGAAAUAAUCACAAUGAGUAGACCAGGUAUUCUGAGCCGCUUCCGGCCUGUACCUGCGAAAGAUGACGAAGAGGGGACCAAUCUCAAAAGCCCAGUAGAGGAUGGUGGAAAGAUAAAAAAGAUGGCCGCUGAAGAGGGGGUCCAGUUGAAGAGACAAGUUGGUCUCUUCAGUGCAGUCUUCCUUAUUGUUGGAACUAUGAUAGGUUCCGGAAUUUUUAUAUCACCCAAAGGUGUUCUUAUUCGUUCUGGCUCCGUAGCAAUGAGUUUACUCGUCUGGGCGGGCUGUGGUGCUAUAGCAUUAAUGGGAGCACUCAGCUACGCUGAGUUAGGUACAGCAAUCCCCGUUUCUGGUGCUGAAUAUUCAUAUUACCUCCGAGUUUAUGGACAGAAAGGUCGAUUUGGACCCAUUCCUGCCUUCCUCUACUUAUGGAUGUGUUCCAUCAUCAUAAAACCCUCAGCAGUGUCUAUCAUGUUACUGACUUUCGCCGAGUAUGUCGUUGAACCUAUGUUUCCGACUUGUCCUGCUCCCAUACUGGCGAAGAAACUUGUGGCCAUUGUUGCUAUUUGUUUUAUAACUUUCAUCAAUUGCUACAGCGUGAAAAUGGCUACCAUGAUGAACAAUGUCUUCACUGUUGCCAAAUUACUUGCAAUAGCUAUAGUAGUUUUAGUCGGAAUGUAUAGGUUAAUGCUUGGCCACUAUGAACAUCUGAAUACUGGUUUUGAAGGCACAACAACGUCAUUCUCUGAUUUGGCAACUGCAUUCUAUUUUGGUCUCUGGGCUUAUGAUGGAUGGAACAAUUUAAAUUUCGUUACGGAAGAGCUAAUUAAUCCUCCUGUAAAUUUACCGAGAGCUAUCAUGAUAGGAAUCCCUUUAGUCACGCUGUGUUACGUCUUGACUAACAUUUCAUAUUUAACAGUGCUAUCUCCAUCUGAAUUACUUUCAUCGGAAGCUGUCGCCGUGGGUUUUGCUAACUACAUCCUUGGACCUGCAGCUUUCAUCAUACCAAUACUAGUCGCUGCCUCAGCUUAUGGAGCAUCUAACGGGACUGCCCUCAUCGCUUCAAGACUUCCAUUUGUAGCUGCACGACAAGGCCAUUCUGCCGAAUUAAUGUCUUACGUUCAAGUUCAACGACUAACGCCCGCACCUGCAUUGCUAUUCAAUGGGCUAAUCGUUCUAUUGAUGAUAGCAGCAGGUAACAUCGGCAGCCUAAUUGACUUUUUCAGCUUUGUAGCGUGGAUGUUUUAUGGUGGAACGGUGCUCACAGUCAUUGUUAUGCGAUUUACAGAAAAGGACCUGCCGAGGCCGUAUAAGGUUCCUAUUAUUAUACCAUGUAUAAUGGUAGUCAUUGCAGCUUAUCUGGUGCUAGCUCCAAUUAUUGAAGAUCCACGUGUAGAAUAUUUCUAUGCCUUACUUUUCCUACUUUCAGGAAUGAUAUUUUACAUUCCUUUUGUACAUUUUAAUAUCAGGCUACGACUGAUGGAAAAAUUUACUCAUCUUAUGCAGCUUUUAUUCAAUUGUGCUCCAGCAGAAAAUGUUCCUGGAUAAAUAAUUUAUGAUGAAGUAGGACAAUCAUCUUUGUAGCAUACAUGUAAGAUUGCUGUGAAUGAAUGAGCAACAACUUCAGAUGGAUAUUAAUUUGGCAGAUUAAUUUUUCUAAAAUUACUUUAAAAGUGGUUUGAUCAUUCUUAUUAUUAAAUUUUUAAUAAGAUAAUUUCCAAAUAGUGGAAAAUAAGUAAAUUAUAUUAAUUUGUGUUAACUUUAAUUCUUGCAGAAUCCAUCUUCGUCCUGGGCGUCUACAAAAAAUAUUCUAGGUAGGGAGAGCAAAGACAUAAUUUUAAUUAAAGAUUGACAAAUAAUUACAUAUUUUUAUGUAAUUUGGGAGGGCAAGCAGUUUAUAAAACACACUAUUGCGUCAAUAUAAAAAUACUUUUUACCCGAUUGUGGGGAGUGCAAAUGUCCCUUUACAGAUACUCAUGCCUGAAGUAAUGUUGAGGUAGAGAAACCUACUGUCAGUAUUGCAGUUGGUUAUAAAUAUUGCUUAAAAAAAUGAGGAAAUGGUUUAAGUUUUUUACACAUAAGCUAUAAAUUUAAAUAAUUUUGUUUUUUUUUUUACAUUAAAUAAAAGAUGAUAGUACUUAAUGUUAUUAAAAAUAAACUGAAAGUCGCACAAUUCUAGAUCUGCAGAUAUCACUCAAUUAAGAAAUAGUAGUUGCUAUAGAGAAAGACUACUUUAUUUAAUUCAGCCAAAUCUACCUUGCUUUCAUAUCAGCUCACGUUGGCAAAUUUUAAUUACACAUUGAUUUAUUUUAAGUAUCUCAAUUGAGGGCAGUGGGUGGAAGACAUCAUCUAAAGUAAUGUCUAGAUAAUAUAAGAUGGAAAUCAAAUGCACCAAGAGGGUGGCUGGUUUGAUAGCAUUAAAUAUUCUCAAACUUUUCUUGUGGAUUAAGUGUGACAUUUUCUGUAUUAUAAUAAUCACUCAAGAGGAAUUCGUAUUAACAAAAAAUAUUAUCUAAGAGGACAUUCAGUAUUACAUAAGAAACACAAUAUUCUGGGCUUAUUUACUUUAAGUGAUCGAUUGCUUAAGUUUAUAUGUGAUAUUCUCUCCUGUAAUAAACAUAUUAAAGGAUUUUCUACCACUAUGUACAUUACAUGACAGUAUCUUGAAAAUAAAGUACUCUGUAUUUACAUUGAAACUUUGGCAGUCUAUCAGAUAAAUUAGUGCAAAAGAAUGCAGUUUUAAAUGAAGUGACUAGUUGGGAAACUUGAAUAUAUGAUAGAAAAUACUAAGAAAUACAAUUUAUUGUAGUUUGAUAAUUUAUUAGUAUCUGAGAUAUAAAAUUUUAAUAUUAUAGAAACGAAAAAGUGUUAUGCAGCUAAAUCAUAUUUUCUCUUAUCAAUUUUGACUGCAUUAAGUUGUUUAUAAAACCACUGAUACAUUAAAGCACUUGAGCCAUUUUGUGCUUAUAAUUAUUGCUGUGAUUAAAAAAGUUAAUAUGAAUUUUUAUAAUGAAUUAAGAAGAACUCUGACUUUUUUGCAAAAAAUAUUUCUUGUAAUAUUUUAGUACUUGUUACUAUGAACAUGUGACCAGUGAUGUAUAUUUUUAUUUUAUUAUGUGAGAAUAAAAAAGCUUUUUAUAAUGAAAAA